AGAGAGCCCGCGCGCCGCCCCCUCCCCCCCCCCCUCCGCGCGCCCCCUCCAUGGAGCCGGGCCCCGGGGCGGAGGGGCCUGGCGCCGGCGGCAGCGGGGAGCGCGAGGAAGCCGUCAAGCAACCCGGCAGCAGCAGCAAGCGCUCCAUGUUCGCCAUAUGGCGCAGGCCUGGCGAGCUGGCCAGGGAUGCCGUGCGGGUGUUGUCGGAGGUGCCGGAGGCGGUGCCCAUCCUAGGCCAUGCCCUGGGCGCCGGCCACUGCUGCCUGGGACGGCGGGAGCGCGGGGCCCUGGCGGCCCGCAGGGCGAGCCGCAACUGCGCGGUGGCCGGCGCGGGCGCGGCCGUCUUCUGCCUCGCGGGCCCCCCCGCCGCCGCGGCGCUGCCGGGCUCGGCGGCGGCGGGCUGCGCGCUGCACGUGGCCGGCGCAGCGGCCACGGCAGGGGCGGCGGGCGUGCUGUCGGGGCUCGCGGUGGACGCGCUGUGGGGGCGCUGGGCCGAGGUGCCGCGCCCGCUGGCCGCUGGGGACUGGUCCAGCGCCGUGGCGCUGCGCCUGGUGGACGCGCUCAAGGGCGUGAGCGGCCUGGUCAUCGCGACGGUGCUGCUCCCCGAGCACGUCACCCACGUGGCGGUCUUCACCCAGCCCAGCCCCGCGCGGGCGAGGUCGGGAGCCUCCUGGGCGACGCCCUGGGGUCCGAGUACAAGGGCCUGCUGCCGCACUUCCUGCAGCAGGCGCCGACGCCGGCCGCCCACGCCUACGCGGUCCUGGAGACCUCGAAGGCCAGGGUGUUCAUCACCGAGCGCGUGCACGACGGGCGCGUGCUCCUGGAGAACCUCGGCGACGGGUCCAUGGCGCCCUUCGCCCACGGGCGCGAGCUGGGCGCCCAGCCCAUGGAGGCCGAGUUCAGGGCCGCUGGGCACUCGGGCGCGCAUCCAGGCCCCGCGCUGGGGCGCCUGCCGGCUGGGGCGGCGAGCGCGCAGCCGACCCCCUUCGCCGCCGCCCGCGUUGAGGGCGGCCCGCCGGUGGCAGCGGUGGGUGCGCUGGCAAGGGCGGAGUCUCUCAGCGACUACGACCUGCUGAAGGCGAACUGCCAGCACUACGCCAACGACGUCUUCAAAGUAGUCUCUGGUCAUCCCCUGAAGAAGCUGCCGAAUCAGGAGUUGAUCGCCGCUGCCAGGAUGUUCGGCAUCGGCGGGCCAGCGCUCUCGCCCGCAGUCGCAGCCCCGUCCGCCCUGGAGCAGCUGCGCUGGGCCGCCGGGCAGGCGCCAGUGCGCCUGGCGGCGGCCGCUGCCGUGGCGUGCGCGCCCGCGCCGGGCGCGCGCUGCGCGGAGGACGGCGGCAGCGGCGGCGCGUAGCGCCGCGGA